AUGGCCUCAACCCGCUCCCUCUACCGCUCCCUCCUCCGCGAGCUCCCUCCGCGACCCCUCCUCAGCACGCCGCGCGCGCCCCUCCACCAGCGCCUGCGCGACAACUUCCAGCAACCACAGUCAUCCACCAGCCCCGCCGCCGCCGGCGGUCCCACCGCUGAUCUGCGCGCCGCGCAAGCCGAACAGUACGUGGCCUACCUGCGGGCGCAGCGCACCUACGUGACGCUGCUGGAGCGCUAUAACCCGGGCAUGGGCAUGGACGAGGAGGAGCGCGUGCGGCUGACGGCGCGGCGGGUGGGCAUGGAUUUGCCGGUGGAAUUAAGUUGUUAUAUGGGCUUGGGUGGCGUUUGGCGAAUGGAUCUGGCUUUGGAGGUGGUUUGGCUUUGGAGGUUGGACCAGGACGACCCUGCUCUGCGCGUGAAGGAGGAGAAGCGGGUCGAGAAACCGUAUAUCAACCACGUGUACCUCACAUUAUAUACGUGA